AUGGUUUCUUCAAUUGAUAUUUCAUCAAGACGAACAAAGAGCAUUGCCACCAUAGAGAAGAAAUCUGCUGAAAAUGUUAUUACUUCUAGAAAGAAACCAUCUAUAUGUAUUCAUGAUAGUUCUGAAUGUAUGCAUGUCAAUAAGGAAGUUGUGUCCAAUUCCACUGGGAAAAAUACUGCUCACACGGAUACCAUUUCUAAGGAACCACAUGUUGAAUCAUAUGUUGAUUCACAUGUUGAACCAAAUGUUGAAGCAUUUGUUCCAACAUCUACUGAACCACUGGCUGAACCCCCUACUGAGUCAGCUGUGAAUAUUUGUUUUUAA